AUGGUAAACUUCUAUUUGCGUUUGCAAUCAGAAGGAGAGUUGCCGUUGGCUAUAAAAGACCAUUCCAUGGUUCUAUGCGGCAUCACUGGAGGAGGAUGGGCCUUUAAUCAUGGCCAGGAUUUAACGGAUUUUGAAACUUACGUGGACAACUUCAACAAGACAUAUGCCACAACUUCGGCUCGUAACUUUGCCAACUACUACUUCAUCUACAACCGCAACCAGGUGGCCCAGCACAAUGCCCAGGCGGAUCGGAAUCGCACUUCAUACCGGGAAGUAGUGAAUCAGUUUUCGGACAUCCGUCUUAUCCAGUAUGCAGCCCUUCUGCCCAAGGCUGUAUCCACAGUAACUUCAGCGGCCAGUGAUCCACCAACCACCCAAGCAGCUGCUGCAUCCUAUGACAUCAUCACAGACUUUGGACUGACCAUAACGGUGGAGGAUCAGGGUGUCAACUGCAGCAGUAGUUGGGCCUAUGCCACGGCCAAGGCUGUGGAGAUUAUGAAUGCCGUGCAGACCGCCAAUACCGCCCCUUCCGCUUUGUCAGCUCAGCAAUUGCUGGACUGUGCAGGAAUGGGAACUGGAUGCUCCACCCAAACCCCCCUGGCUGCCUUGAACUACCUCACCCAGCUGACGGAUGCGUAUCUGUACCCGGAGAUGGAUUAUCCGAAUAAUAACACUCUCAAGACUCCGGGCAUGUGCCAGCCGCCGUCUUCAGUGGCUGUGGGCGUAAAGUUGGGCAAGUACUCCUCCGUGGCUGAUAACGAUGAUGACGCCGUUAUGCGUUAUGUUUCUAAUGGUUUCCCCGUGAUUGUGGAGUACAACCCGGCGACCUUUGGCUUUAUGCAGUACUCCAGUGGAGUGUAUGUUCAGGAGACGAAGGCUCUUACCAACCCAAAGAGCUCGCAGUUUCUGGUAGUCGUUGGCUAUGAUCACGAUGUGGACUCAAAUCUGGACUACUGGCGUUGCCUGAACUCCUUUGGAGAAACUUGGGGCGAAGAUGGUUAUAUAAGGAUUGUGCGCAGGUCCAAUCAGCCCAUUGCCAAAAAUGCUGUAUUCCCCAGUGAACUUGCCUGA